AUGAAGGUUGCCAUGUUUCUUCACUUGCUCCCCCUAUGUUUUUCCCUUCUCCUGGCCUUCAACACACAGCCACUUCUAGCUGCUGUGCCUGAGCCAGUGGUGGAUAAGCAAGGGAACCCUUUGGUGCCAGGAGUGGGGUACUAUGUGUGGCCACUUUGGGCUGAUGAAGGAGGUAUCACUCUAGGCCAAACAAGGAACAAGACAUGCCCUCUUGAUGUUAUCCGUGACCCUUCUUUCAUUGGCUCACCAGUGGCAUUCUUUGCAUCAGGGCUUGACCACAUUCCAACUCUAACUGAUCUCACCAUUAACUUUCCUGUGGUCACAGUCUGCAACCAGCCUACAGUGUGGAGGCUCAGCAAGGAAGGGGCAGGGUUCUGGUUUGUGGGCACUAAUGGAAACCCUCAGGACAUCACUAGCAAAUUCAAGAUUGAGAGGCUUGAAGGGGAUCAUGCCUAUGAGAUCUACAGCUUCAAGUUCUGCCCCAGUGUGCCUGGUGCGCUGUGUGCUCCUGUGGGAACCUUUGUUGAUGCUGAUGGAACCAAAGUCAUGGCUGUGGGAGAUAACAUUGAAACCUACUAUGUCAGAUUCCAGAAGGUUGCCAUCAAUGGUGAAGAGAAGAAAAGACCCUUCAGCAUUGUGUAG